CACUGGAAUGAACGCUUGACUCUCAGCAUCCCUCCAAGUGACGUCAGAGGGUUGUUGAGGUAUUCAUAUGUGGGUGAGUUUCACCAGAUUAGAAGAACCACUUCCAGGUCCACAAUGGAGGAGGAAGGUACUGGACCUUUGUGCACUUUGGGCGUCCACUAUUCCCUGGGAUUCUUUUUAAGAGGAGCUCGGUCCAAGUAAUAACUCCGGUGGACCACAUGUUUGCAGCACAGUCGAUGAGGAAGAGGAGGAGGAGGAGGGUGGUGAUGAUGAUGAAGAGGACGGGUCCAAUGGAGCGCCAUGCAGAACCUUGAGCCCCCAUGGAGACAUGGCACAGCGGUUCCUGUCGUCCGCCUUCAUGCUGACCGUCUCGCUGUCGUGCACCUACCUGUGCUACAGCAUCAUCUUCGGCCGCACCGCCGUCAUCUCGGGCCGGCCGUACGAGGGGAGCCGAUGCCCGCCGAGCCCCAACGCGGCCGGGAAGAAACUUCUCGGCCAGUCGGAGCAGUGUGCCCGGCUGCCGGGGGUCCGCGCCGCCGCAGCCCAGCCCGGCGGUGUCGGUCCUCCUCCUCCUCCUCCUUCUUCUGCGCCGCGCUGGGUGAAAAACUCGAGUUCGGCGCAAAGGUACGGACAAAAAAAACUCCCCGGCGCCUUAAUAGUGGGAGUGAAGAAAGGAGGAACCAGGGCGGUGCUGGAGUUCAUUCGCAUCCAUCCAGAUGUGCGCGCGCUCGGAACCGAGCCACAUUUUUUCGACCGCAACUACGACCGAGGACUGGACUGGUACAGGGGUCUCAUGCCAAGAACACUGGACAGUCAGAUUACGUUGGAGAAGACCCCCAGCUACUUUGUCACCAGGGAGGCACCCCGCCGCAUCUGCAGCAUGUCCCAGCAGACCAAGCUGAUCGUGGUGGUACGCAACCCGGUCACCCGGGCCAUCUCAGACUACACGCAGACUCUGUCUAAGAAGCCCGACAUCCCCACUUUUGAGGAUCUGGCCUUCAAGAACAGGAGCCUGGGCGUCGUGGACACCUCGUGGAAUGCCAUCCGCAUCGGAAUGUACAUCCUGCACCUGGAGAACUGGCUGCGCUACUUCCGCCUCUCGCAGAUGCACUUUGUAAGCGGCGAGCGGCUCAUUACGGACCCGGCGGGCGAGAUGGGCCGCAUUCAGGACUUCCUGGGACUCAAGCGGAUCAUCUCGGACAAGCACUUCUACUUCAACAGGACCAAGGGCUUCCCGUGUCUGAAGAAGCCAGAGAGCAGCGGGCAGCCUCGCUGCUUGGGGAAAUCCAAGGGCAGGACUCACGUGCAAAUACAGCGGGAGGUCAUCGAGCAACUGCAGGAGUUUUAUAGACCCUUCAACGUCAAGUUCUUCGAAACGGUCGGACAGGACUUCAAAUGGGAUUGAAGAGGAAUUUCUACUUGGCCUAGUACCAAUACUUUGCCUUGAAACUCCUGAAAACUUUCUAGAAGCUGCUUGACAAAACAAGUUCUCCCAAAGACCUGAUGAUCAAUCAAACCAGGAAUUGAAUGUGUCGCAGGAAGUUCUACGUGCUCAAAUAUAAAUCAUUUGCCCUACAACCCCGACAUCUUUAUGGAAGUUGCUUGACAAAAUGAGCUCACGGACCAGGGAUCGAAUGUGUCAGGAAGAUUUUGAAGAAGUGAAUAUGAUUUCAUCCUGAAACCAGACGAAAUGUACAGGAAUAGUAACGGACCACGCUGUGGGAAUGAAUGUGUCACACAUAAACUGGAAGCUGUAAGCAUUUAAAUACAAACACUAAACCCUGAAAUAUUUAUGUAAGACGCUUGACAAGAUAAAGAUGAACUCAUCCCAAAAACAGAUGGUAUGUACAGGAACAGGAACAAACAUUAAAGCCGUGAAUCAUUUAGGAAGACGUUGACAAAUAAAAUUAAAAGCUCAUCGAAAAACUGACGGUAUUUGCAGGAACAGUAACAAGCUAUGCUGGGGGAUUGAAUGUGUCACCCAAAAACAGGAAGUUUGCGCUCAAAUAAAACGAUUUGCCCUUCAACCCAUGAACUCUCUAUGAAAGCUGCUUGACAAAAGGUUCUCGUACAAAAACUAGAUGAUAUGUACAGGAACAGUAACAAACCUUCCCUUUGGGAUUUAAUGUGUCAGCCACAAACAGGAAGUUGUAUGCGUUCAUACAUAUAAAUAUUUAGCCCUGCAAGCCCUUAAAUCUUUCAGGAGGAUGUUGACAAAAUCUGAUCUCAACCAGACAUGUUUACCGGAGUAGUUACGAACAAUGUCGUGGGAAUUAAUGCAUCUCACACAAACGGGAAGUUCUAUGCACUCCAAAUAAAUAUUUUGCUCUUAAAUCUCUGCAAACGUUAAGGAAGACAUUUGUUGACAAAGUGAUUCUGAUCUCAUCUAACAAACCAAGCAGCGGGAUUGAAUGUGUCACGAGCGAACAGGAACUUGGAUGUGUUCAGAUACCAAAACUUUGCUCUAAAACUCCUGAAAUCUUUUUGGAAGAUGCUUGGAAAAAAUAAAAAAUAAUAAAUCCAGAAAUUAGGCCAUAUUAACAGGAACAGUAACGAACCAUGCUGUGUGUUUUUGUUGUUGUUGUUUUUUGUUUUUUUUGGGUGCCAUGUCUUCACCAAAUGCUUCAGUUUGGUGAAGGUGUAUGGGGUACCAAAAUAACUGAUCCACAUCGUCCCACCAAACAAAAUGGUAGGGCACAUCAAGGGCGGAGCUACACACACCGCAGUCCCUUGAUUGGUCGACAGAGAAUGGUCACUUCUGUCUGACAAUGGUCAGUGAGUCGAACCGAACUGGAACCCUUUGUAGAAAUGUGGCUAAAGAUGCCAUUUAGUUCCAAAAAAUAUACAAUUCAAAUAAAUUACAGCUGUCCUAUGCUUGUAAAUUAGCAGAAGAGCUGCAUUAAUUCAUCAAGGCCUCUGUUUGCUUGUGCCUCACAUUCAUGCGAAUGGCGCCACUUUAAUAUUCAUUCGCUCUGAUUGCUUUCCGACGCGCUCGGAAUACACCGCUAGUUUUCGCUAUUGGUGAGUUCCCCACAUGGACUGUCAGUUAUUAGAUUUGUCUCAAUGACAAAAUUAAAAGCCACACAAACAAAUGUUUGCUGUUUACCGGACUGCAGUUCUUUGUAUUCCUACCUGAUGCUCCAACGAUUGCCUCAAUAGCCGACCGUGUGCUUGUACUGCACGGACCGUCCGCCGAUAUCAACUGAUUUUGAAUAUCUGACACAAGGUGGUUGAGGUGGGUUAGUUGAAGUUAAAAUCAAUACGUGUUCACUGCGCUGUCUGGCUGAUCUUCACACUCUGGGAUAAUUGGCUCCUGUAAAAACAAACCGAGAGCACUAUUGAUUUUGAUAUCUCCCAAACGAUAGCUUGCAGUAUGUCAAAGUUGAAACAAUAUGUGCGUUUUAUGGGCAAAAGCUUUUUGACUGCUCUUCAACUUUCAAAAACUCCUAUGCUAAAGCAAGAACCCUACUUAUUUUCAGACUUAUCUUCAGACUCCCAGGGUUCAGAAUGAUACUGCAUUUUAAGUCUGACUGAAGACCAGCAAGGUAG